UGUAUGUAGCCUGUCGCUAGCUGGUUAGGUAGCUAACUGGCUAAAUAUACUUUUUUUGUGGGGGAAUUUGUCGUUCAUGCCACAAGUUAUGGUUGUACGAGUAGAAGAAGUUGCUGCAUCGCUUGUGCGGGAAUUUCUCAGUCGGAAGGGACUCAAGAGAACGAUUGCCUGCAUGGAUGAAGAGCAUCCUCGUACAGAUGCCAGCAUCAACAACAGAUCCGAUCUGCGACAAAUUCUUCAUUUGGAAGGUCUAUAUAAAAAAAACAAGGCCCAAGACUGUCCCCUGAAAUCAAUGUUGGAAAUCAUUGUAAGACAUCACAUUGAAGGACAUAAAGAGGACAGGCCAGUCUUCAACAGUGAUGUCAUCCAGACCAUAUCAACUACACAGAAGUUGGUGACAAAGUCUCCAAUAUUGACACCAACAGUGUAUGACCACAGCAGGGCAGAAGAGAACACUACUGGAUUUAUUUUCAACAAAACUGACAUGUCAAGGUCACUUUCAGAGGUUGUCUGUCCACCUCAUGGUACAUUAUCAUCAUUUGAAGUGUCAGAUACUCCCCCAACAACUACCCAGAGAAGUUUCUGGAGCCAUAGCCUUUCCUCAGAGGGCCAGCAGGACCGACAGCAUGUACCCUCCUUCCUAGACAAUGACAGCGCCGCUAAAAGGGAAUCCUUUUCAGACAAAAACACGGUCGUCACCACAGAGAGUACUCAUAAGAACAAAACAAGCCGCCUCAGACGAGGCAUGAUGGCAGGUCCCAUAGCUAGUUCCCCCCAGGAAUCGAAUAGAAAACGUCAGACUCGACGGUUGGGAGGCCCUAAUCUUCUUCUGGCAAAUGAUGAAAACCACAAAAACAUCAGCGAUGGGCCUCUGUUGACUACUGUCCAGUCACAGAGAAUGGUUAAAGGGUUGACAGAGCUCUCCACUGCUGACCCCAUGAGAGAAAGCCAACAGCCGCGGCGCAGCACACUGGGGAGAGGAUUUGAUCAAGAUGGCUAUGGAUUUGAGAGAGUAGGAAAAGACAAGCACAAGACCAGCAAUAUUGGAUGACAUGGACCAUGUACUUUGUUGCAGAUGACAUUGAUGAUGAUGAGGAGUUGCGUGAGCUCUCCAGAGUGUCCUGCCACUCCUCCAGUUUGCCUCAAAUCACUUCUGAUAGUCAACCCAUGGACCAGCAUACUGCCAUUGCCCUGAAAGAGCUCAUCCUUGGCUCCAGCACCAGUUGUUUCAGUGCCGAGUGGAGGAGUCAGAGUUUAACUUUUUCCGAUGCACCUGAUCUGAGAUAUGGGCUUGUUCAGAAGAAGGGUGGUCCUUGUGGAGUUCUGGCUUCAGUCCAGGCUUGUAUUCUGCAGAAACUUCUAUUUGAGGGGACCGGCAGCGAUGCAGGGCACCAGAGAUUAAGACCCUCUGGUGCUGUGAGAACAAAGUGCCUCACGUUAGCCACUGCUGAGAUCCUGUGGAGGGCUGGGGAGGGGAAAAAAGCCACCAUCGCCAUAACAUCAGGAAGAAAUCAUUUCACCCCUACAGGACACCAUAGAUCUGAAGGAGUACUAGAAAAGAUUACAUGUAUUGAUGUUGACAAUCUAAAGGACCUUCAGUUGCUUGUGGAACAGCAUAUUCAACAGUUUGAGUCGGGAGCCUUAGGGUGUAUAUUGCUCACCAUCUCUGCUAUUCUCUCCAGAUCUAUUGACCGGGUUAGAGAGGAUAUGGAUGUCCCCAACACCACACUCAUUGGAGCCCAUGGCUACUGCACACAGGAGCUGGUCAAUUUAUUGCUGUGUGGACAGGCUGUGUCCAAUGUCUUCAACAACAAUAUGGAGCUGGAUUCAGGCAAUGGAAACCUGACCCUUCUCAAGGGAAUAAGAGGUCGCAGUGACAUUGGACUGCUGUCCUUAUUUGAACAUUAUAAUAUAUGCAAGGUUGGCUCCAACCUGAAGACUCCCAAGUUCCCUAUCUGGGUGGUGUGCAGCGAGAGCCAUUUCAGCGUGCUCUUUGGUGUGCAGGAGCUGCUGAGUGACCAGUGUGUGAUCGGGGAGUUUGACCUGUACUACUACGACGGCCUAGCCAAUCAGCAGGAGGAAAUCUGCCUAACUGUCUUUGUAGGUACCUCAGGAAUAUCUGCUGGCUGCCAAGGUAUGGACACUGAUCUCAUUCCUCCUCUUGAACACUGUAUACGGACCAAAUGGAAAGAUGCCAUUGUCAAUUGGAAUGACACCGAGCCCAUACUUUGACUGGCUAGUGGAUAGAAGGUGAUGACUGUAGAUGAGACUGGGCCUACCCCAUGGCUGGAGACACAAAAUAUACUGCUUUCUUAUUGCAAAAUAUGCCAUUUAGCAAACACUUUUUUCCAAAGUGACUUAUAGUCAUGCAUGCAUUACAGAUUAAAUAGAUUUACUUACAGUAGCGGUGCAUGGGUAAAAUCACUGGGGAAGCCAAGCCCCCCCC